GCGACGUGGAGACGCUUUGGAAACGGUCCCAGAUGUCGCGAUGACGUGCCGUUCCCGAGGGCUGGCCAUAUGCAGCGUCAUCCUCCUGGUUAUGCUCUCCUUGUGCGUGUACCUUGCUCGUCCGACGUUAUACUGGACAACAGUAUACAACCAGGAUGUAUCGUCCCGGACCUCCAUGCGAUUAUUUUACAACCGUGUACCCAAGUGUGGUUCGACAACACUCCUUACUUUGUUACGACGUUUGAGCGGCAUCCAUCAAUUUCGCCAUGUUCAUUCCAAAACUUAUGACAAGCGUCUGUUAUCACGUCCUGACCAGGAGGAAUUAGCGAAGAUGAUUUCGUCAGAACCCGCUCCCCUGAGUUACGACCGCCACGUUUAUUUUCUAGACUUUCCAAGUUUUGGUUUGUCACCUCCAUCGUACAUCAACGUACUUCGAGAACCAACGGAACGGAUUGCUUCUUCAUUCUACUACAGACACUCCGUAGGCCGCGGAAACCUCAGUGUCGCAUGGCGGCAAAAGAGCCUCGAAGACUGCAUCGUACAAGGGCACGCAGAAUGCAGUUUCCUUGAAGGCCAGGAGAACCAUUGGGCGCUCACUGUACCAUUUUUCUGCGGUCAGGACCCGCAUUGCACGCUGAUACAAAAUACAUGGGCACUCCAGAAAGCUAAAGAAAACAUCGAUCAACAUUACACCGUCGUAGGAGUUCUCGAAGAACUCAACUCCUCUCUAGCACUACUCGAAGAAAGGCUGCCGCAGUUUUUCCGCGGAGCUCGGCACGUCUUCCGCGAGCAAAGGCUCCACCAGAACCGUAACAAGAACCCGAUAAAGAGGCCCGUCCCAACGUCCGUGAGAGAAAUGCUGCGGAAGAACCUCAGCCACGAGUACGACUUGUACGACUUUGUGCAGCAGCGUUUCCGCCGCCAGUUGCAGACAUACGUUGAGCCUACGUCGUUAGGUUUACGAUAAUUUUUAUUGUAUUGCCUAUGUACAUGAUAGCAAACAGAGAACGACGUACAAGGUAAGAGUACUCGCUCUCUGCUCAAAAGCCUGGUCCAUGAUAACACGUUCCGUACCGUGUUCAGUUUUGCACAGGUUCAACUAAAAUGGGCAGUCGUGCAAUUACAAAUAAAAAUUAUUUAUGUUUGUUAUGACCUAGUUUCUGCAUGUUGCGUGCAUGCGUGAGAGUCCUCGUGAUUGCGGACUGGAAUGCAAGCCUGUGAAAUGAUGUGUCACAGUAAAAGAAACCGCAAAGGGCGUUGUGUGACAGACACAGACGUAGCACAUAAUUUGUACAUGAAUGUGAUGGGAACGUUAGUAUGAAAAUAGCGUUAGUAGGAAUCACAUCUCCGAGUACUCGUAAAAUUAAUAAUAAUAAUAAUAACAACAAUGAUUGAGUGUAGAUUCACAUGAAACGAACAAAUAAAGAUGUAGA